GUGAUGUCAGUCUCUGGUUUUUCAUGCCAGUCUCAACAGAAUAACAUCAGCACCAACCAGCUCUGUGAAGGAUGGGAGUGUUCGGAGGAUGAGGGGCGGAGGAUGAAGAGGAGAGAGAAGAACAGAGUUGCAGCUCAGAAGAGCCGCAAAAGACAAACUCAGAGAGCCGACCUGCUGCACGAGGCCUGUGAGCUGCUAGAGCAGAGGAACAGGAAGUUGAGGAGAGAGGUGGAUUCUCUGUCAGAGGAGCAGCACCUGCUGACCGAAGCUCUUAGAGCCCACGAGCCCUUCUGUCCCAUCAUGCACUGCUCCUUUGCCUCCUCCACCUCUUCCACCCUGCAGCCCGAGAACAUGGCAGCCCGUUCUGUUUGAGGCAGGGAACAAAGUUUCUGAAGACGAGUUAAACUUCUGAAUGUAUCUGAGAGUUGGUGUCUCUGUAAUGCUGCAGUGAACCUCUAGAGAGCGCUGUUCACCACGCUUACACACAGUGACGAUGCAACAGGUUUGAGCUGCUGCUGAUCUGAAAUCCAGGUGAAGAGCGUCCUCUGGUGGUGCUGUUAUAGAGCUAAUCAUGUUACUGAGAGCAGACCUGAGCUGCAGCAAAUACGAAGCUAUCAGUCGAAAA